UUCCUCCAUUCAUUAUUUCAUUCAUUCCAUUAGUUUUAAAAGGCAUUACUCUUAUGCUGAAAGGUAAGCAGGUGCUUAAGUCCUUGCCCAAAUCAGGGUGUUGGAUAGCUGCAGUAAACCUUUUCAUAUGCACUCAAUGGAAGCUGGUUGUUCACUUAUAUUGGGAACUCCUUUCUUUUGUUAGUCUACAUCUUUUAAUAGACAGUCUUAAAAACAAAUUAAAUGCCAUUGUGCAUUCUUAAUUUCCUUUUGCUGCAAAGUUUGGAAACAGGAUAAACAUUUUUGCUGUUAUCUGCAACAAAUAAAUAGUGUUUGAAUAAACUCAUUUCUGUUCCAAUGGAGGCUCCAUUUGACAGGGGAGGAAACUAAGUGAAGUUCUUUGGUUCUCUGCCAGCUGAGAUGGACCAAAUGGGGAGAGGGAGUCUUGUGGGUCAAAGGAAAGUGAGCUUAUGAGAAGAGUGCUCAGGUGGCCCAAAGAAAGGUGGGAGAUUGUGUGUUGGGUAGGAUUUGGACAUGGGAGUUGAGUAUUUUACAGAAGGAACAGCACAAAUGGGAAUAGUGUCAUGGAGGCAGCAAGUGAGGGACCCCUAAGUUUCUGAUGGGGGCAAGUGUCUCAUGGGCAGAGUUCAUACUGGAAUCAAGAGUCUGCUGGGUAUUUUAGGGAAAUCAUGUAGGAGUCAGAUGAUUCAUGGGGCAAGGGUGCGUCAUUGGGGGCACAGGUUUAAGGGAAUACAUGUAGCUCUACUGAAAACCAGUUUGUCACAUUUUCUUCAAACUUUGUAAUUAUGUUCUUCUUGGCCUUCAGAGUAUUUCUACCAAUUUUUAGACCAGACCAAUUUUCUAAGCCUAAAUUAGAGGGUAGUUAAAAUCUGAUAUUGUAACAGCCUCAUUGUAAGAUAUUUGUUCAUAUAUUCUCAGAUUUAGUAUCUUUUAAGCCAUAAAUAAUUUCCAGUAUAUACUUUACGCAGGGAAUGUGUAGAGCAUGUGAGUUCUGAUAUACUGCCUGUCAGAAUAACUGGAAAAGCUUAAUUUUAAAACUUCUUUAAAUAAAUGAAUUUAUCUUGCCAAUUUUAGCACAUGCAUUGCACAUAUUGUACCAUUUGGUUGUACUGUAAACAUGUAAGCUUUCUGGUUACACUAACACUGCUUUACCUAGGGGGUUACAUUACCAGUUUGACUUAUUACUGUCCCUGUUUGAAUUGCCAGACUAGUUGAUUGUCACAUGACACUGCUUCCUGCCUGAGAGAGAAUGACUUCCUCCAGUGUCCAUAGUAACGUCAUGUUUCUCAGCAAGCCGGAGAGGCUUGUUUGUGUUCCCCCCUUCUAGAACUAUUACCUCGCAGUAUAAGAAAAAUGGCCCUUUGAAACAACGAACAAGGAAGUUCUGUAUUUAAUCAUUCAGAAUAUUUAUUAAUUACUCUUCUGUGUUUUGACUGCUGAGACAAUGUACGAUGUCUUGAGCUGAGCCUUUCCUGUGUAUUACCGUGAACAGCAUUCAUUUAAAAGCAAAAUAGUUGUGUCUUGAAAUCAUCUUUUAACUACUAUAAAACUACUGAACUGCUUCCACAAUACCUUGCGACUUCCAGGCCUUUGGUAGGUAAUAGAGAAAGGUAAGAACCAUUACUGUAUUUGAGAAGAGAUUGUAUUUACAAUUACAGCAUGAAAAUAAUUCCCUUCUCCCCCCCAAAAAAUAUAUAAGAAAAUGUUUUAUAUUGCUAUGGCUUCUUCAGGGUAUUUAAGUACAGAGCACCCUGAAUAUCUCACCUGACUCAGUUUUGCCUGACUAAAGACUGCAGGAUUGGGGCUGUUGAUCUACUGUAGAUAUCUUUGCCUUCUAGAAUCUUAGUUAGCCUAUUUUAAAAAAAAAAAAAAAAUGAUGCAAGACCCGAUUCUGCAAACACUCUUACAAAUGAGUAACUUUAAUGCAUGUGACUAUUCCUGCUAGCUUCAAUGGAACUACUUAUGUGAGUAAUGUUACUUAUACCUUGCACUUCUAUUGUUACUUGUGUUUGCAGGAUUAGUCCCUCAGGUUGUAGGAGUUCUGUCCUGCAUAUUCAUGAUUUAUCUUAUACUACUACUACUUUGUUCGGUUAAGGCCUAUUUAAUUAUUAAAUAAAACAUUUAGACUUAUUGUUACUGACCUGCUAUACUGUGCAUUAAGUAUAGUACAUCAGAUCCUACUGAAAUUGCUAAGAGGUGUUAAUGCAACAAUUAGUUGCUACCUGGAUAAAUAUUACUUUUACCUUUUUAUCUUGCUUACUUUAUGUAUAGAACAGAUAUUAACCUUGGGCCAAAUCCUGUUCACCUCACGAGUAGUCCCCAUUAAAGGCAAUCAUGAUUUAGUUACCUCCCUCUUUAACACACCAAAGUUUAUACAUUCAUAAUGUGUGUGGGUGUAAUAAUGCCUUUAAAACGCUUUGAGCCAAAUGCAUUGCUGAUGCACGUGAAUGCAACUCCUUUGAUAUCGGAGGGCUCAAUCCUGCAAGAUGCUGAGCACUCUAGCCCAACUCAGCAAAACACAUGAGCACGUGUUUCACUUUAAGCACCUAUAUAGUCCCAUUUAUUUCAACAGUACUACAUCUAUACUUAACUUUUAGGGUAUGCAUAAAUGUUUUCAUGGAUCAGGCUAAAAUGUUCAACAUUUUGCAGGAUCAAGCCUUAACAGAUUUGCACUCACUACAUAACUUCACUGAAGUCAGUGGAACUGUUACCAUUUUUGUUAACACUGAGUUUGCCCCAUGUACCUUUAUACACAAUGUCACCUCUUGCUUUAUUUUGUAUAUCUUUGUCGGGAAAACAAGGUAAGAGGUAUUUCAUGUAGCAGGCUGCGUCUAUAUAAGUCUACAUCUUAUAAGAAAAGUGAGGCAGUCUUUAGGUAACUACACCUUUAAUAAUGUAUUCCCUGAUGCACUAGCAUGGAACCCUGCUGUUCUGGGGUCCCACUGAUUUCCCUGGGACUGCACUAGUACAUCAGUAUACACCUCUGCCCCAAUCCUGGGAGGACUUCAGUAAGCAAAUUUAUACACCUGCUUAAAUACUUUGAGAAUUGGGGCUAUCAGAGCUAAUGGAGAAUCAGGCCCAUAAACUGUAAUAAGGAAGAAAGUCAUGGAAUAAGGAGAAUUUUUAAAAAGUGAUAUUCCUUUCAAAGCAAGAGUUUUGAAAGAGUCUAUAAAUGAAGAAACAAAAGUAACUGUAGGUUCCUCUAUUUAAAAUAUUAAUAUGGGAGUAAGAUUGGGACCCAGAGUCACAGCUUUCACACAAUAAAAUGGUAAUCAAUACAUCUAUAAUAGACAUCAUUUUUCAGACUCACUAAUAACUAUAGGUCAUUGAAUUUCUAUGCUGUGGAAUUGGCAUAUGUACUAUGUUUAUUUGAUAAGUAGUGGUCAAUGGCUAUGAGUGGAAAAAUACAAUAUGAUGCAAGUUUGGGUAAGUUCAGCUUUAAUGUCAUAUUUACUAUUAAUGUUUCAGACCAUUUCCAACUCUGUCUAGGUUACUCAUUUCUUGUUCAAUUGAGCAUGAAGAUUUUUCACUGAGCCAUACAUAAUGCUUUUGGAACCUCAUAACUGUUCCAUUGUGCCCUGUGUUGCUAAAGGAAGUCCAGUGGCAUCUGCCUAUUAUAAGCCUCUCUGUUAUGGAUCCAGACCAGCAAGAAGCUCUAAAUGACAUUCAGAAUUCUGUCUAUAGAACAGCCCUGAAACUACGCUCAGUGCAAACCUUGUGCCAGUUGGGUUUGACUGAUGUCUCCCUGAUUCAGCACAUCCUGCCAAGCCACCAGUGUCAGAGGGAGAAGCAGAGCUCCCUGACAACACAGCAGCUAUCACAGUUGCUGAAGGCACUAUUCCAGAAUGCCAGAUUAGAUAAACCAGGCCAGGUAGAUCCACAAGCCCCUGAGCUCACCCAGAACCUGCUAACUGCCAUGUAUGACAGGACUGGAACAGGUUUUAUCAAAGCCAGAUCGGCCACAGCUGCCCUAAUUGCUCUCUCAGGAGACAGUCUGCUUACUAAAUACAAAGCUUUGUUUCAACUCUAUGCUGACCCCAAUGGGAGGGGGACCCUGAUCACUCGGAGUGCCGUGAGGAGUCUGCUGACAGACUUACAUCAGAUCCCAGCCAUUGUGGGGGAAAGCUGUGCUCCUUCUUGUGUGGAAAUUGCUAUUCGAAGCUGCUUCCAUGGGGUUCUGAACUCAGCAAUCGGUGAAGAGAAAUUCCUAUCUUGGCUACAAUCUGAACCUGGCCUUCUCCUAUGGCUCCCUACCUGUUAUAGAUUAUCAGCCACUGAAAUGGUUAUGCAUCACGUUAGAUGUAGCAUCUGUAAGAAUUUCCCCAUCACUGGACUAAGGUAUCGCUGUCUGAAGUGCCUGAAUUUUGAUCUUUGCCAAGUCUGCUUCUUCACUGAGCGUCAGAGCAAACCACACAAGAGGUCACACCCUGUGAUGGAGUACUGUGUGAAGCAGAUGUCAGCAAAGGAGAAUGCAAAGAUCUUUUUUCGCACUGUCAGAAACAACCUGCUUCAAGAGCGCUGCAGAAGAAAGGAGGCUCGGAGAAGGCAGACACUGGAAAUGAUGGAGGGAGGGGACUUCCCGGAACAUGAGCAAGCACUGCCCUCUAUAGAGCUCAGCACCUCCACACAGCCUGCCCAUCGUUACCUAUCCUCCCCAGCAUACAGACUGGCCCCAGCGUUAUCCAAGCACUUAGCUGAAAAGGGGUCUCCAGUACAGCAGAUUGAGAAUGACAACAGGGCACCAGCACAAGACAAGACAUCAGCACAGGCAAUAGCCUCUGUUAAGGCAGAAUUAUUAAAAGUUCAUGAAUCCAUCAAAGCCCUUCACAGGGAGAAGAGGUACCUGAGAAAGCAGUUAAACAAAUGGAAAGACAAAGUGCUGCUCCUCCACAACUCCCAGGAAGACAAAAGCUGCAGACUAGAAGCAAAGCUCCAAGCCCUGAUAGCAAACCAUGAGUGUGUGCAGGCGGAGCUGCAGCAAAUGAUGCAGGAAAUAAAGGCAAUGUUACAACCACCAAACUAUCCUUCAUUUGUAUUGUGUCAAAAUACGAUGCCAAAAAGUGAAGACCCCUGGGAGGAAAGAAAGCUUCACAAUGGAUCAGAUUCAGCUCUGGCAAAACCCAUCCCCACUAGCUAUACUGAUCCCUCCUCAGCUGCAGAAAAAAGGCAGCUAUUACAGACUCAGACUGAUCCAGUUGCAAUGAACCUGAGAUCAUCAGGUACCACUUUAGGGUCGAUAUUCCUGCAGAAUGGCAACCCCCUAAUGAGACAGCAUGAAAAAUCAAAAGAGAAGGGAAUUCCUCAGACAGAUCAGGAGGGGAUAUCACAACCUGAAAGGACCGGGAACCUUCCCCAGGGAAUUAUGACCACAGCUUCUAGUCCCACUGCUGCAGAAGUGCCAUUUAAUGAGAAGGAGGUGAAUGAAGAGAAGGAACUGCAGCAGCUAGUGCUGAAGCUGCAGGAUGCAUUAUCUCUCCAACUGCAACCAGCUCAGCAGUCUGCUAUAAAGCAGGAGUUGGUCUCCACAGCUGAGCAUGUUUGCAGGUCCUUCUCUGACCUCAUCAACCACGUGACUUUGCCUGCUUGGAAGAAAUAGGAUGCCAGUAUUAGCCUUACUACUUCAUCCCACUGUUGCCCAGGGUCCUCGAGAUAGCAGGAGGAAGAGAUGACUAGAAACAGAACGAGUUGGAUUUCAUCAAAGACAAAGGGAGAAAAAAGGGGCAUGGAGCCUCCUUCAUCACCAGACUCCAUGUUGCCUUCUUACUGCUUGAAUAAACUUUACUUUGAAGCAGGGGUGGGCA